UUGAGGCUCGCAGAUGCAGGAUUCUGCAGAGAGAAGCUGUUCGAUCGCAAGCCCCCGGCUGCAAGGAAAGGUGGCAAAGGUGGAAACUGGAAGAAGAACAAGCGAUAGAUGAGUAGGAGGUAUGACUUUGAGAAGCAUUGCCCUCGGUGAACGCUACCUCUCAUGUCCGGAUUGGCCCAAGAGGCGCACGUCUGCCUGGCAAUUUCUUUGGGAAAGCGCGUUCACCCACUUCCUGCCUCCGGCGUUUCCCAUUUUGCAUAUUUGCCAAUCGUUCUACCCUGCUCCCGCUCCUCUUCAACCUCAUCGACGCUCGGAUCCUCCAUUGCGCAUUUCAUUACCCUUAGUGCCAAUUUACUUUCAAAGCAUUGCCAAGAUGUCGGAUCUCUGUUAUAACUGCCAUCAGAGUAUGUCGCCCCAGAUUUUCGGAUCAAGCUAUGAAUCUAGACUGACACUUUUAGUUCAUCUGCCUCGCGUUUGCCAGCAGGCUCUUGAAGAAUGCUUGAACUGCGGUGCCCUCGGUCACACUUGGAACUUCUGCCACCUGGGUGCUCACAGAUUGCAGCCUGACUAUAAGUACUUCGCUCUCUGCCACAACUGUCAGAAAUGGCACCUUCCCUUGCCUUGUCAGGAACCUCUGGUCAAGUGUGGUGGCUGCGAACAGCUCGGCCAUCGACGUGAAUACUGCGCUCUUGAUCCAAGCCCCAGCGAGCUGUUUACAACCAGCAUGAGUGCCUUCAUCUCACACAGUCUCACAUCCGGUAACAGUCAAUGGAUCAUGCACAACGCUGCUCUGGCGAACGAGAUCUACAACAUCAAAAUGGGAGCAGUCAUGGACACGCUUCAACUUGCUGCCAACAGAGCCAAUGGUGAAGAGGUUCGCCGCUACCUGUCCAAUGCCUACCGCGGCACGCUGCACCCUUCCGGUACCCACGGCCUUACUUCAGCAAGACUUUCUGCAUCAAGCCAGCCACCCGCUCCUGCUACUGCCAACACCGAGAGCCAGAGCCUACCUCUGCCACGCCCAAGCAUUCCUCCACAGUACCAUGACCCAGACCAUACCCUCGCUCCCAUCCAGCUUCACAAUGUCAACACCCCCCAGCCAAGUAGCUCAGAAAGCUCUGCUCAAAGUGCGGAACCUGCCCCUGUUACUCGUGCCUCAGGUAUCCAAACCAACCACGCCUACGAUGGUAUCUUCAGCUUUCGGACCUACGAGGAGAACGCUGCUGACGAAAGGCAAGUCGGAACUCAGAACGAUAGUUCAGGUGACGGAAGCAUCACACCAAGAAGCUCUCCUUGCGAUGCUCGCGCCAACUCGAUGGAGCCCGAGCACGAGUUCUAUGAGGGGGGUAUGUAUUAGCCGCUGAGGUCAUGAUGUUGCAGCCGCUCAGAGAGUCGGUCUAUGGAUGCAAGGGUUAUCACGGGAAACAAUGCAUGGCUUGACACAACAUAGCUAGAGUACGUCACAUUGCUGAAUCGCAAAAUAAGAAUGUGUGUGUUUUGAUCCGUGGCUCUGGGACUGAUGUGCCGUAACCUUGCUCCAAUGCGUGCUUGUCGUGCUUGCAAUUUCUGGUUUGGGUUUAGGGGCCUCAC